AUGUUAUACACCGACCCAACCACCCCGACCCAUCCACCCCUACCCAUCCACCUCUACCCAACCACCCCUACCCAUCCACCCCUACCCAUCUACCCCGACCCAUCCACCCCUACCCAACCACCCCUACCCAUCCACCACUACCCAUCUACCCCGACCCAUCCACCCCACCCAUCCACCCCUACCCAACCACCCCUACCCAUCCACCACUACCCAUCUACCCCGACCCAUCCACCCCGACCCAUCCACCCCUACCCAUCCACCCCUACCCAUCCACCCCGACCCAUCCACCUCUACCCAACCACCCCUACCCGUCCACCCCGACCCGUCCACCCCGACCCGUCCACCCCGACCCGUCCACCCCUACCCGUCCACCCCGACCCGUCCACCCCGACCCGUCCACCCAUACCCGUCCACCCAUACCCAUCCACCCAUACCCAUCCACCCCGACCCAUCCACCUCUACCCGACCACCCCUACCCAACCACCCCAACCCAACCACCCCGACCCAUCCACCCCGACCCAUCCACCCCUACCCAUCCACCUCUACCCAUCCACCCCUACCCAUCCACCCCGACCCAUCCACCCCGACCCAUCCACCCCUACCCAUCCACCCCUACCCAUCCACCCCUACUCAUCCACCCCUACCCAUCCACCCCUACCCAUCCACCCCUACACAUCCACCCCGACCCAACCACCCCGACCCAUCCACCCCGACCCAUCCACCCCUACCCAUCCACCCCGACCCAUCCACCCCUACCCAUCCACCCCUACCCAACCACCCUGA